CGGUUGUAUAAAAAGGUCAGUAAACCUGCUUUCCUGCUUCUUCUUUUCUUCCUUUUUAUUUCAAUCUUCGUUUAGCAGUGAAUGCAUCGUAUAAUUUGACACACCACUUCAUGUUUUGUCACAACCCUCGUACUCUGCUUUCUCAGAAACAGGAACUCCGCACCUUCCAACCUAUCAUCCUGUUUCAUGAUCACCAGAACUUGGACCAAUCCUGCGAAGCAGUGGGAAACCGGCGUAACCGAACCACAAGCACAAUUCAUCAUCGGCAAAUUCAGUAUCAGAAACAAAAGGUCGAUGGGAUGUUAGAAUCGAAUCGAAAGUUGUGGUGUGAGGUUAUUCAAAGCACUCGUCAACAGGAACGUCAACUACCAGCAACAGUCUACCUGUCACGGCCCUCCUCCACCGUCACUCGGUUCAAGCACAUAGCGCCUUAUGUCAGUGACACGCUGUCAUCGCCACUUCAUCGUUCAGUUGAAGUCAGCAAGAUGCAGUCGAUUUCAGAAUACAGUCCAAAUUAUUACGGACAUCAGACAAAAGAGGUGGACGAUGUUUUAUCCCAUACAUCCGCCAGUAGCAGUAGUAGUGUGAUGGUGCAUGCAGUAGAUAAUGAUAUCCGAAUCGAAAUACAGCAAGAAAACAAGAAUGCAGGUGUCACUUGCACAGACAACCAUCGGAAACGGCGGGGCAACCUACCUAAACCUGUUACAGCUGUAUUGAAACAGUGGCUUGUACAGCACAGUCGUCACCCCUAUCCUACUGAAGUGGAAAAGCUAAACCUUCAAGCAAAAACCAAUUUAACUUUGAAUCAAAUCAGCAACUGGUUCAUUAAUGCUCGACGACGCCUCUUGCCGGCUCUGUACAUCCCAGAUGGUAACGGGGCAAAGCGGAAACCUCUCAAGGGCCGUCUUCGAUCAGGUAACAAAGUCUUCCCAAGUGUCUCAAAGGAUAUCAAAGCCUAAGUUGUUUUGAAACAAGGCAAAAACAAACCAGCUUCAGCAGAGCCACGCACUCAUCUCGUAAGAAAAGCAUCCAGUCGAUCAUCGAAAGAAUCUUGAUAGGUCCUUCCCCCCUAAAAGCCUCGAGCGAAAAAUAGCACAUUUAGAUGUAUCUUCAUCCAAAAAAAAAAAGACAAUAUACAAAGCGCAAUCAGCUAGGCUUAUGCCAUUUUAGUUGAAUUAUGA